AUGGUGAUGUAUGUAGUGGGUGACUCUCCCACUAUUGCUUAUGUGAAGAGAUUCAUGGAGGGUGUGUGCAAUUCAGUUACUCAACUACAUGUAUUUUUCCAUGAUGAUGGUUACUUCAUCAUCAAGUUUAAGAAUAUAGAGGAUAUGAAUCAGAUUAUUUCAGGUGGACCUUACUCGUUAUAUGGGAAACCUAUAAUCAUUAAGCCUUGGACAGUUGAUUUCAAUUUCUAUGAGGAGGUUCUUAAGGUAAUUCCCUUGUGGGUGAAGUUUCCCAACUUACCUCUUAAUUGCUGGCGGAGUGAAGCUUUGAGUAGAAUUAGCAGUUUGUUGGGAGUACCCUUGUUUGAGGAUGAGUGCACAACUAGGCAAGAUAGAGUCUCAUUUGCCAGAGUUUUGAUUGAGAUGGACAUCACCACCCCCUUGCCUGACCAUGUUUGGAUUGAGGAUUCUUCUGGAAGGAUUUUCAAACAAGAUGUGAGAUAUGAUUGGAAGCCAGCAAACUGUGAAGUAUAUAUGUUGUACUGCAGGACAUGA